AACCACGACGUAUUCAAGUCACCUCACCUUGCAAGCCUUACGGUACUCGCAGUAACAUUCUAUUGACAGUCAACAUUCAUUCUCAAUAGUUCAAUAGCAGACAAAAUAGAAAAAAGAACAAAUAUGAAGGCUCGAAUGAUAUCACUAUCGUUGUUGGUGCCAUCGGCAGUCGGUACGUACAGAUUUCGAACCUAAAGGAAACAACGGAGAAUCUGACCGAACCAUAUCAUCUAUCGCAUCUACCGAUGUCGGUGCCUGCAUUAAUUUUAUUCUGACAAAUUGCGUUCUAUUGUGGUUGGCAUCCAUUUGGUUUGGUUGAACCGUCACCGCGUGUUUCUUUUGCUGCCAUUUCGGACGACAAUCAGGAUUUACAUCGUCUGGGUCGCAAAGAACAAGUGCCACACAAUUGCAUGUCGGAACAAAUUCGAAUGAGAUGAUGCCAUUGAAGCGAGGAUCUACUUGUGCACUCAUCACGCCUUUCACAGAAGAUAAUAAAAUUGAUGUUCCCGGACUAGAAAAACUAAUUGAUUUUCACUUGGAAGCAGGAACAGACAAUCUUUGUGUUCUCGGAACAACAGCCGAAGCCUCUGUCAUGUCCAUGGACGAGCGUGAGCUAGCCUUGAAGACAAUUGUCGGCAAAGCCAAAGGGAAAAUCCCUUUGAUGGUAGGAGUAGGAACCAUUGAUCCGAACGAUGUCAAGAAGUAUACGCAACAAGCAAUCGAUUUAGGAGCUGAUGCCAGCUUACUCGUUACGCCAUAUUAUGUCAAACCACCGCAAAGAGCUAUGAUCAGCCACUUCACAACAAUGGCGGAUAUGGGGUUGCCGGUUGUUUUGUACAAUGUUCCCGGAAGAACCGCCGUAGAUCUUUCGGACAGCACCGUUGCGACGCUCUCGCAACACGAAAAUAUUGUCGGAAUUAAGGACGCCACCGGUGAUGUUUCUCGAUUGACUUCGUUGAAAAACGUUCUCGGCGAAGAAGCCAGCAGAAAUUUUUUGAAGUUCAGUGGUGACGAUGGGACCACAACCGACUUUGUGCUCGAAGGUGGAGAUGGGUGUAUAUCCGUAACAGCCAACAUUGUCCCGAAGGCGGUUCGUGAAAUGGUCCAUGCAGCAUUGGAUGGAAAUGAUCAGCUGGCCAUAGAGCUAAACCAACMAUUGGCUCUUCUAAAUAGUCGGCUAUUUGUCGAAAGCAACCCCAUCCCUGCAAAGUGGUGCGCGCACCGAAUGGGAAUCAUCGAUAGUCCGUUCUGCAGACCACCUUUGGAUACAAUGGACCCACAGUUUAAGGACUUUAUGGAAGAGGCAUUAGCCUCCGCCAACAUGUUGGUUCAUGCUCAACAAUAAUUUAUUUCGUUUUUCUGCAUGUUUCUCCGAAAGCGAAGUUUGAAGUUUUGGGUAAAGACCGAAUCGAAGCUUCGAAAGAUGUCUUUGGAAUAGUAACUCUUGCUGUUCAUAUAAUGAUAGACACUGUAAUUAAACACAUAUAACUUCA